GGAUGGCAGGAGCGCUUAGCUGUGUGCCGCUGCCAGUACGCGUCCAGUACAGUUGGCGCGUGCAGUGGAGCGAGAGAGCGACGACAUCGACAUGGGCAAGCUCUGCCUCUUGGUGCGCGCCGUCUCGCUUCUCCUCGUUCUGGUCUCGUCGCCGGAGCCCGUCCUGGCGUCGCCGUCUCCUCCCCCCGCCCGGCGCCGCUACGGUUCCAUCUUCAGCCUCGGCGACUCGUACGCGGACACCGGCAACGGCCCCGUCGCCUUCGGCUGGCACUCCAUCGCCAACCCCGUCAUGCGCCCGCCCUACGGCUCCACCUUCUUCGGCCGCCCCACCGGCCGCAACUGCGACGGCCGCCUCCCCAUCGACUUCCUCGCUGAGAGCCUGGGCCUGCCGCUCGUCCCGCCGUUCCUGGCGCGCAAUGGGACCGCCACCUUCCGCCGCGGCGCCAACUUCGCCGUCGGCGGCGCCACCGCGCUCGACACCAGCUUCUUCCACCGCUGGGACCCCCCGGGCGGCAGCGUGUUCCCGCUCAACACCAGCCUAGGCGUGCAGAUGCGGUGGUUCGAGUCGCUCAAGCCCUCCCUCUGCGGCACAACCAAACAAUGCAAGGAAUUGUUCGGCAGAUCGCUCUUCUUCGUCGGCGCAUUCGGGGUCAACGACUACCUCCUCUCCUUGGUCGCCAAGAGCAUCGACGAAGUCAGAUCGUUCGUUCCGGGCGUCGUCAGGACCAUCUCCAUGGCCGUCGAGAGGCUGAUCCGGCACGGGGCGACGACGCUGGUGAUCCCCGGCGUGAUCCCGCUGGGCUGCGCGCCGCCGGUGCUCGUCACGUUCGCCGACCCCGACCCGGCAGGCUACGACCCCCGGACGGGCUGCCUGAAAGCGAUCAACGACCUCGCCGCCCACCACAACGCGCUGCUCCGGGAGGCCCUGCGAGAGCUCCAGGCCAAGCAGCACCCGGCCGGCGCCGUCACCGUCGUCUACGCCGACUUCUUCAGACCCGUCAUCGAGAUGGUCACGUCGCCGGCUAAGUUCGGGUUUGAAGACGAUGUUCUUACACUCUGCUAUGGAGGCCCGGGGAGGUUCAACUACAACAAGCAGGUUUUCUGCGGCGAUCCGGGGUCGAUCAGGUGCAGGGAUCCAUCUGCCCGGCUGUUCUGGGACGGCGUCCACCUGACGGAGGCGGCCUACCGGCACGUCGCCGCCGGCUGGCUGAGCAGCAUAGAGUCGCCGGGAAGCAGUGCCGGUGCUGGUACCAACAGGACGAUGGCUCCAACUGCCCUGGGACGAUUGCUUUGAUUGAGUCACCACCAGAUCUAAAUCUGUGCCGACAAUAUGGAAAGUUGAGGGAUUGAGGCAAUGCCUGUGAUGGAGAAACGUUUCUUUUUUUUAAAGAAAAAAAUGAACUCUUCAAGAUUUUGUGCUAGCCAGGAAAUGGCAUGUUUGUGAAACCAUAAGUGUUCAGGGCGCGGUGCUCUCAGCCUUA